GACAAACAACUCAUUGGUAUUGCAUUGUAUUACCCGAGGUACUCGCCCUGGACUGGGAGGGGGGUCUGGUUGGAGGACCUGUAUGUCACACCAGAAUAUCGGGGCACUGGUGUGGGAGUGGCUCUUAUGGCACGGGUGGCUAAACAGACAGUUUUGGAGGGCAGUAAUCGACUCGAAUGGUGGUGUUUGGCGUGGAAUGAAAAAUCCAUUUCCUUUUAUAAGAAGUUGGGCGCCAUUAAUAUGUCGGACACUGAUCUCAAGAGUAAUGAAUUCAGACUCGAUGGCAACCAAUUGAGACAAAUGGCUGACAAAUGCCCAAUGCAAACCCAGAAACCAAUGUUCACUAUAAGGGAAGGCCGUCGAGAGGACUGCCAACAAAUGGCACUAUUGUUGGCAGAAUUGGCCGCAUAUGAGAGACAAUCACCGGAUCAAGUGGUCGGACACAAGCAGUUAGAAGCCGAAGGAUUCGGUGACCCAACGGACCGACAGUUCCGCACAUUUGUCGCACAUCUCGACGAUAACGACAAACAACUAAUCGGUAUUGCAUUGCAUUACCCGAUGUACAACGCCUGGAGUGGGAGGGUUGUCCUUAUGGAGUCCCUGUACGUCAAGCAAGAAUACCGGGGCACAGGUGUGGGAGUGGCGCUUAUGGCACGGGUGGCUAAAUAUGCAAUAAUGAAUGGCUGCCAACGUUUCGAGUGGGUCUGUCUCGCGUGGAAUGAGAGCUCCAUUUCCUUCUACAACAAAGUGGGCGCUACUGACCUGACAAACGGCGAUAACCCGGGUAUUGUCUUUCAACUCAAAGGCAAUCAAUUGCUACAAUUGGCGGGUCUUUGUGAGCACUCAUGAGUUAUAUAAAUCCAAACACUUCCAGUCUUUUGUUAAACCAAUUGUUAGAGUUUGUAAGAAAUAAAUCUUAAUUCAUGUCAUCUAUAAAAUAA